AUGGGUUCAUCGAGCAAAAGAAUCAGCUCAACAUUCCAACGUGCCAUGAAUCUCAUUCGCGAAAGGAACUGGGAAGGUCCUUGGGAGAAACCCAGACGUUUGCAAACGAUUUUCGUGCCUAAAAGUCUAGAGAAUAUCCUAAAAUGGUUGCCUGUGGAUAUAAAAGGCGUGGUUUACGGUAAAAACUCCAUGCCACCUCCGGAUGACAAAAGUGAUGUAUUAGUGGUGGUCGGAAAAGAAUUCUCGGACAGAGACACUGCACUAUACCUACUACGACCAUGGUUGGAAAGAAUAAGAUCUCUGGACGUAAGCCUUGCAAUGGGCAUGGCUCCACGCGAGCAAAACACUGAGUCGAAUAUCCGUCUAUGGGGCCAGACGGCAGCGAAUGUGUCAGCUAUCCUACGCUCCGUAGCUCAAUUCCUAGAAGACGAUGCUCCGGCUGAAGAAUGGGAUAACCCAAUACGAUGUUUGGGUAGUGACCCAUAUGACAACCACGAUAUGGUCGGGCGUUUCAAAGCACGCAUUUUCUAUGAAAAAGUGCGUAAGUAUUGGGUGCCUUCGUGGCCAGAACCCCAAGUCGAGGCAGAGGAUAAAAAGAGCAGCCGAAAAAGGAGCAUUAACGACUCUGAAAAACAAGUAUACGGUGGAAUGAGGCCGAAACGAGGACGUUUCGUGAGACAUCCCGAUCAUCACUACGAUACACCCAGAGGCCCACUUGGAAGUAGGGUUCAGUUCGCUUAUUGGACGACCCCGGAAUCGUCGCCCGCGGCCAAGUACUCAGAUCGACACUACCGCCGACCCGUACGCUGGAUCCUACCUCAACAGGCCAAG